AUGUCACUCAAGUUCUACAAGACACCAAAGGAAGACCAUCCUUGGCGGUCGCCCGUUCAAGAUGACACAUGCAAUCGCUACGCUGCGGCAGCCGCCAGGGCGAAGAAGUGGCUGCCUCCUACAUUACGCUUCGAACAAGUUGUCAGGAAUCAUACCAUGCCGCCCUGCUCUUUGAAUGACUUUAUGGAUUACUUGGUCUACGUCGAACAGAACGCCGAGCCCCUGCAGUUCUUCCUCUGGUAUUGCGGCUACGUCCAGAGCUGGAUGGAACUUGACGCCCAUGAGCGUGCCCUCGUGCCUCGCUGGGAUCCCGCCGACGCUGAGGCCCGCGCCGCUGCGAAGACUGACGCCGAUCGCAAGCGUAGAGGGCCCCGUGUCGCCAUGUCAGGUCGCUACCGAAGGGCGCGCAAUGCCAGUAAGGUCAGCAACAUUCUCGAAAUAUUGGACGCCGACGGGGAGGAAAAGGAGGAGAAGCAACUUCUGGGAUCCGCGAGUCCCGCCUCCUCGAGGCCGUCCAAGAACUUUUCGAGGCCAUCGGCGCCCCCCGGCACCGUCGAGGCCUGGAUAUCACCUCGCCGACGCCAUUCUCCGGGGCCACCUCCACCCAAACUUCAUCCGCUCAUCCAUUGCCAACACAAACAGCCCAACGAUUUACGUGCUGCGCGUGUCCGCUUGGCUCCUGUUGAUGCUCGGCUCAGUGCCGCAGCUGCACUAAACCUCUGCACCGCGCGGUUUGCGCUAAGCCGGUACUGGCGGAUUGCGCCUUUCGCCUUGUGGGCACCCGGCUUCGCGAUUCUUGUCGCCGCUGCCGAUGGAUUAUCAAUCUCACUGUACUUUGCUGGGAGGCGGCAGCUUCGUCCGUGGGAGGCACAACCCACACCGGCCGAGCUUGAGGACGCGAGCUGGCGCGGCCGAAGGGCGGCCCGGAGGGCUACCGCCGCGGCAUCACCGGCAGGUGACGAUCCACUGCGGAAGCCGAGUCUUCGGACCUUUGGUCCAGGGAACGGGUUCCGAAGCGAAUGGUGGGUGCGCGCCUAUGCGAAGACGGGACUUUGGUGGCGGAUCUUUGAGACGACGAGACCUGUCGGCGAAGGAGAGAUCAUCGAGGCAUCAACUGAGAUCCCCACGUCUCUUCUCCACCAAAGGGGCAUUCGAAAACUUUACUUGGUACUCCGAACGGAGCCGCGAUGCAAGGGAUGA